AUGGUCCCUGGAGCCAACAAUAAGGUUGAAAUCAAGAAUGUAGCAUCAGAAACUGACAGUGAUUCCGAUGAUUCUGCCCCUGAAGUGGAGGAUUUAAAAGAUCAAGGUGAUACUAAAACCUCCCAACUGGCAGAUGAAUUGUUAAGUCGUAGCAAACAAUCAAGAAGUGAGAAAAAGGCAAGAAAAGCCAUGUCGAAACUUGGUUUGAAGUUGGUCCAAGGAGUUUGCCGCGUUACUAUACGGAAGGCGAAAAGCAUUAUGUUUGUGAUUAACCGUGCUGAGGUUUACAAGUCGUCUGCCUCUGAUACAUACAUCAUAUUUGGUGAGGCUAAAGUUGAGGACAUAUCUGCACAAGCUCAAAUCGCUGCAGCUGAAAAACUGCGUAGUCAAGCAAUGGGAGGUGCAGAUUUGAGUACACCAGGUAGUCUGUCUAAGGAUGCACUAUCAUCAGUAUCUAAAACUGCGAUAGCAGAAGAGUCGGAAGAUGAAGAGGAACCUGAUACCACGGGUCUGGGUGAGAAGGAUAUCGAACUUAUCAUGCAGCAAGCUGGUGUAUCGAGAAGUAAGGCGAUCCGAGCGUUACGUGAAAAUGGCAAUGAUAUGGUGAAUGCGAUUAUGUCACUAACAGGAUAG